AUGAUCAAAGCCGGUCGUCUUGACCGCAAGUACAAUGGUAUCAUCGACUGCUUCAGCCGAACGAUGAAGAGCGAAGGUGUCAUGGCACUGUGGAGAGGUAACACUGCCAACGUUAUCCGAUACUUCCCUACCCAGGCGCUCAACUUUGCCUUCCGCGACACCUACAAGUCGAUGUUCGCCUUCAAGAAAGAGCGUGAUGGAUACUGGAAGUGGAUGGCCGGUAACUUGGCCUCCGGUGGUGCCGCUGGUGCCACUUCCCUCCUCUUCGUCUACUCUCUUGACUAUGCCCGUACUCGUCUCGCCAACGAUGCCAAAUCUGCUUCCAAGGGUGGUGAGCGUCAAUUCAACGGUCUCGUCGAUGUCUACCGCAAGACCAUGGCCUCCGAUGGUAUCGCCGGUCUCUACCGUGGUUUUGGUCCUUCCGUCCUUGGUAUCGUCGUCUACCGUGGUCUCUACUUCGGCAUGUACGACUCCAUCAAGCCUGUCCUCUUGGUCGGUCCUCUCGAGGGUAACUUCUUGGCUUCUUUCUUGCUCGGCUGGGGUGUCACCACUGGUGCUGGUAUCGCUUCCUACCCUCUUGAUACCAUCCGUCGUCGCAUGAUGAUGACGUCCGGUGAGGCUGUCAAAUACAAGAGCUCCUUCGAUGCUGCCCAGAAGAUCAUGGCUGCUGAGGGUAUCCGAUCAUUCUUCAAGGGUGCUGGUGCCAACAUUCUCCGUGGUGUUGCCGGCGCCGGUGUGCUCUCCAUCUACGACCAGGUCCAACUUCUCAUGUUUGGCAAGAAGUUCAAGGGCGGUUCCGGCUAA